CCCACUGCCAGGGCGGGCAGGGCCGCCCCCUUCCUGCCACAGCUCCCAAGAUGGCGGCGGCCAGAGCGGUGCGAGCAGCGGGGCGUCGGUCCAGAAAGCUCUUCGACAUCUUCGUGGCUGAAGUUCCCUGGACGGUGUCGAGCAAGGAGCUGAGGGAAUACUUCUCCCAGUUCGGGUCCGUGCAGAGGUGCCAGCUGCCGUUUGACAAAGAUACAGGCUUUCACAGACGUUACUGCUGGAUUAAAUUCUCAACUCCACAAGAUGUUCAGAACGUGUUUCAGAAGGAAUCCCACAUACUUGAAGGUGCCAAGCUUGCUCUCAAACAGCAGCCCCGCAGAAGACACAGUCAAAGAAGUCAGUGAGUGAGCAGGGGAAGGAGGCUUUAUUUCACUAAAUGUAAAGAAACUAAAUAAAAGGCUGCUGAGAAACUA